AUGGGCAACACCUGCGUCGGCCCCAGCGCCGCCGGCCGCAACGGCUUCCUCGCCUCCGUCACGCUGUGGCGCCCCGCGCGCCCCAACCCCGCGCCUCCCCCCGCCCUCCCACCGCCCUCAUCCCCCGCCUCCGACAAAGCGCCCGAGCCCGUCACCAUCCCCUCCUCCGAGCACUCCUCUCACCAUUCCUCCCGAUCCUCAGACCAGACGACGCCCGCCGCCCAGGCCCAGCCGCAGCCGCAGGACAACCCUCCGGCGAAGAAGCCCGCGCCCAAGGUGAAGCGCGUCCAGAGCGCCGGCCUCCUCGCGGACUCCGUCCUCAAGCGCGACGUCAACACGGCCCGGCUCAAGGACCUCUACACCAUCGGGAAGAAGCUAGGGCAGGGGCAGUUCGGAACCACCUACCUCUGCGUCGAGAAGGCCACCGGCCGGGAGUUCGCCUGCAAGUCCAUCGCCAAGCGGAAGCUCCUCACGGAGGAGGACGUAGAGGACGUGCGCCGCGAGAUCCAGAUCAUGCACCACCUCGCAGGCCACGCCAACGUUGUCUCCAUCGUCGGCGCCUACGAGGACGCCGUCGCCGUGCAGCUCGUCAUGGAGCUCUGCGCCGGCGGGGAGCUCUUCGACAGGAUCAUCCAGAGGGGCCACUACUCCGAGAAGGCCGCGGCGCAGCUGGCGCGCGUGAUCGUUGGCGUCGUCGAGGCGUGCCACUCGCUCGGUGUGAUGCACAGGGAUCUCAAGCCGGAGAAUUUCUUGUUCGUCAACCAGAAUGAGGACUCGCCGCUUAAGACCAUCGAUUUCGGCCUUUCCAUCUUCUUCAAGCCAGGUGAGACAUUUACGGAUGUUGUUGGAAGCCCGUACUACGUCGCACCUGAAGUUCUAAUGAAACACUAUGGUCGUGAGGUUGACGUAUGGAGUGCUGGGGUUAUAAUCUAUAUCUUGUUGAGUGGUGUCCCUCCAUUCUGGGAUGAAAGUGAACAAGGGAUAUUUGAACAAGUUUUGAAAGGUGACCUGGACUUUUCGUCGGAGCCCUGGCCUAGUAUCUCAGAGAGUGCAAAAGAUUUGGUCAGAAAAAUGCUUAUUCGUGAUCCAAAGAAGAGAUUGACUGCCCAUGAAGCCUUAUGUCAUCCUUGGGUUUGCAUUGAUGGAGUUGCUCCUGACAAGCCUCUUGAUUCUGCUGUUCUAAGUCGGUUAAAACAAUUUUCCGCAAUGAACAAAUUAAAGAAAAUGGCCCUUAGGGUUAUCGCUGAGAGUUUAUCCGAGGAAGAAAUUGCAGGGCUAAAAGAAAUGUUCAAAAUGCUUGACACUGACAACAGCGGCCAUAUCACAUUGGAGGAACUAAAAACAGGCCUGCAGCGAGUUGGUGCUACUUUGAUGGACUCAGAAAUUAACGCUCUUAUGGAAGCAGCAGAUAUCGACAAUAGUGGCACAAUUGAUUAUGGGGAGUUCAUUGCUGCAACUUUGCAUAUAAACAAAGUUGAGAAGGAGGAUAAGCUCUUUGCAGCCUUCUCAUAUUUUGAUAAAGACGGCAGUGGUUACAUUACUCAAGAUGAGCUCCAAAAAGCAUGUGAGGAGUUUGGUAUAGGAGAUACCCGUCUUGAGGAUAUUAUUGGAGAUAUUGAUCAGGACAACGAUGGAAGGAUCGACUACAAUGAGUUUGUUGCAAUGAUGCAGAAGGGAGAUAAUCCGCUGGGGAGAAAGGGACAUCAAAGUAAUGCAAACUUUGGUCUUGGGGAAGCACUGAAGCUUCGGUAA